GAUGCCACUGACGACGACAACGGAUGGUUGUCUGAAACGUUUGACCGAUUCCAAAAUCACUAUUAGUUGCUUGAGUAACUGCUUUUGGCGAUACUAUUUAUUUGGGUCAUUUCAACUCGAGAAGGAUCAAAGGACUGAUCAAAAGCUUGUUGUCUACAGUGGAACUUCCAAGAUCUACUCUUCGCCAUGUACCUUCUUCACGGCCUUCUCCAGUCCCCAUGGGACCUGUACGGCUGCUUGAAACUGGCAAUGAUCGUCUUCUGUCUGUGGUGGCUGCGGAAACGCCGGAACCUACCACCUGGCCCCUUCAACUGGCCAAUCCUGGGCAACUUCCUUAGUCUUACUCAGGAUGAGCCGAUGUUGCUGAUGACGUGGGCCCGACAGUACGGGGAUGUGUUCAUGUAUCACGUGGGCAGCCGUGCCGUGGUGGUGCUGAACGGCUACAGGACCAUCCACCAGGCGCUGGUCAAACAGGCUGACGACUUCUCCAGCCGGCCCUACAUGCCCAUCACUGCUGAAAACUCACAGAAGAAAGGUGUAAUCCACGUACCGUACGGUCCGUUCUGGAAGCAACACAGAAAGCUCACUCUUCUGAAGAUGCGAGAAAUCGGAGUGGACAAGCCGAUCUUAGACCAGAAGAUAGCUGAAGAAGGCAAGUCCCUGAUCCAAGAGAUCUUGAAGAAAGAAGGACAACCAUUUGACAUGACCAAGCUGAUACAAACGGCUGUUUCCAAUAUCAUCUCCACCAUGUUAUGCGGUAGAAGAUACGCAUACGACCAUCCGGGCUUUCAACGGUUUAUCUCUAACGUCGCCUUGAAUUUCAAAUUUUCCCGCCUUUCCAUGCUGCCCAAUCACUACCCGUGGACCAAGUGGGUACCAGGUCUCAACACGACGUUUAACCGGACUCUCGAAUGUAAUCAAGAGAUUCGGGAACACAUACGCGAGACCCUCGUAGAUCACGAGAAGUUGUUCGACCCCGACAACAUCCGGGAUUUUAUGGACGCCUUUCUCAAUGAGAUACGACAUCAAGACGACGAGGACACGACCGCCAGCAAAGAACAGCUCGUACAGGUGAUCAGAGACAUGUUUGUGGCUGGUAUAGAGAACAUCGCCACGGCGCUGCGGUGGGCCCUGCUGUACAGCGCCCUGUAUCCGGACAUACAGGAGAAAGUUCAGGAGGAGAUCGACCAAGUACUGGGAAGAGACGGUACUCCAACCAUGGCCGAACGGAAAAGGAUGCCGUACACCGAGGCUACUAUAGAAGAAGUUCUCCGGUACGCUACAGUCGCCCCGCUGACCGUGGACCACGCCACCAGUAGGGACACUUCACUCAACGGGUACUUUAUUCCAAAGGACACCCUGGUACAGGUGAACCUGUGGUCAGUCCACCACGAUCCGGAAACCUGGCCGGACCCGGAGAUGUUUGACCCCACACGCUUCCUCAACGACCAGGGACAGUUCCAGAAGAAGGCCGAAAACAUCCCCUUCUCACUAGGUCGGCGCAUUUGUCUUGGAGAACGCCUGGCUCGUGCGGAGCUGCUAUUGUUCUUCAUGUUGCUGCUGCAGCACUUCCACUUCAAACUGCCAGAGGGCGUUGCAAGACCGUCAGAAAAGGGCAUAUUCGGAAUCACGUACAAUCCAGUAGACUUUGACAUUGUGGCCGUGCCACGGUUCAGCGAUAUGUAAACCUAUUAAGGAAAAGUAUUUUAAAUUUUAUAAAAUGUACAGAGUCUGACAGGGAUCAUGUUUACGAACUUUCAACGCAAAGUGUUGAAUGUCGAGUGUUUGUUGAUAUUAUACAAGCGUUGAAACAGAUGCUUUCAAUUUCAUUUUCAUGAAGACUCCUCUCUAGGUUUCUCGUACAUUGUUGAUGGUUCUAUUUUUUAUCUUAAGUUAAGUGUUGUUUUUUGGCGACGCCUCAGGGGCGGAGCCGUUCUUAUAGUACUGCGAUUAAGUUGCCAGGAAUUCUAAAUAUUCCACGCACGCAUUCCCAGGGGAAUUCGUUUUUGACAAGAACUUGCGGGACGGGCGUUUGCAUGUAACAUUGAGGAACUGUAAGUUGCUUCUUUGGGCAGUUUUUAUACACCAUUGCAGCUUUUAAAAGAUAUUUCAAAUGAGCUUUCUGGAGACUAAAGAAAAACGUGUCACAUGUUUCUUGAUGUAUUUGGUAACUUAUAACUUCUUACAGUGAAGAAUGAUAAGUUUGGACAUGUAGCUGAUACAGUUUGUUUAGAUGUCACUUUAUAGACUAUGACUGACGCAUCGAUGAUAAAGAAAGUACGCGAAGAUAAAACUCACCGUACAUUGGACUUUUUAAGACAGGCAGACUUCUUUGACUACAUGAUGCUGUCCUUUAUUUUGCGUAUUCUUACUGUGUGAUAGAAGUGUUGUUUUGUUGGAGGGUUUUAUGUUUUAUUUGUGUGUUUUGUAUCAUGUGUUUUCGGGUGACCUUUGCCACUUUUUACUCUAUUGGUUUCUUUUCCUUUCUUGCUUUUUUGUUUGUUUUCCUGGGUGAUAUCGCCACACGCCCAAGCGUUUCCGUGACCGGGGUCCAGUGAAUUCUGUUUGCGGCCAGAGUCAUGGAGAAGUUGACCUGCGGGUACAAAGAGACAAAAUGACAUAAAUAUAACAAUGCCUUGAACG